UGCUCCCCGGGGAGAAGAGGCGAACCCUGAGUUCCGGGGAGGUCCCCACAACUCACCCAGGCCGAGACUGGGUGGUGUCAGCCACCAAAUAGCAUGUCUGACGAGACCCGGCUUGCGCAGGGUGUGUGUGUGGCGGGGGGGGUCCUAGGCCCCCAGACACUGCCCGGCUCUAAAAUUCCUCCCUGCACGCUUGUUCAGCGUCACCACCCACACUGGACUAGGAUGUGGAGGCCUUCCGACCUUCCACUCUGCCAGACAUGUCUGUCCUUAGAAAAACCUAAGUGGGAAAAGCAACUGGAGACUUCUCCAUUAUAAAGCCUCCUGGUGGAACAUCUGUUUGACCAGUUCAGCGGUAGGAUGAACUUGACACGUAGAGACUCGAUAUGAAUGGAAACGGCCCAUCAACAUGCAGGUUCUCCAUCGCUCUGAACACACCCUAAAGAAAGCUCUCAUCUCUAAGAACCCAGUGCUUGUAUCACAGUAUGACAAGUUAGAUGCUGGGGAGCGACGUUUAAUGAGUGAAGCCUUUCAGCCAUCCAGUAAUCUCUUUGGACCUAUUAUUGUGCAUUCACAGUCAGAUUGGAUCAACUCCCACCCCGAAGUUCCCCAAGAUUUUGAGCAGUUUUUCACUGAUAGCCACAGAAAAGCACCUGGUCCAGAAAAACACAUUAUCUAUAUACAAUCCAUUGGCUCUCUAGGCAACAACAAAGUUAUCAGUGAAGAAUAUAUUAAAUGGCUCAAGGGCUACUGUGAAGCAUUUUUCUAUGGUUUGACCGUAAAAUUCUUAGAACCAGUUUCAAUCUCUGAAACGAAGUGUUCCUUUAGAGUGAACGAGCACACACAAAACCUACAAAUCCAUGCAGGGCAUAUCCUGGCAUUCUUGAAAAAGAAGAAACCCGAAGAUGCUUUCUGCAUCGUGGGGAUAACAAUGAUUGAUCUUUACCCACGGGACUCCUGGAAUUUUGUCUUUGGACAGGCCUCUUUGACAGAUGGUGUGGGGAUAUUCAGCUUUGCCAGGUACGGCAAGGAUUUCUACAGCUCACGGUAUGAAGGCAAAGUGAAGAAGCACCAACAAACAUCUUCCAGUGACUAUUCCAUUUUUGAUAACUAUUACAGUCCUGAGAUCACUAGUAUAUUGCUGUGGCGAUCCUGUAAGACUCUAAGCCAUGAGAUUGGACACAUAUUUGGACUUCGACACUGCCAGUGGCUUGCGUGUUUAAUGCAAGGCUCCAAUCACUUGGAAGAAUCUGACCGGCGUCCUCUAAACCUUUGCCCUAUCUGCUUACGCAAGCUGCAAUGUGCUAUUGGCUUCAACAUUAUAGACAGAUACAAAGCACUGCUGAGGUGGAUCGAUGAUGAAUCUAACGGCUCAUCAGGAGCAGCGCCGGUAAAUAGCUCUGACCCUGCGAAUUUGAAGAAACCUGUGGAAGCUUUUAAGGAUUGGAGAGAAUGGUUAAUAAAAUGCAUUGCUAUUCUGGAAAAAUAAGGACUUUCAGAUAGGAGUAACCUUAAUAAAUAUUGGCACACUGGG